UUUGAUUUAAAUUGAAUCUUGUUUGCCAAUUUGCUAUUGUCUUCUUAUGCUUUCGCCUUGUUUAAAAUUUCCCUCAUUGUUACUAUUCUGGAACAACUGUGGAGAAAUAUAUUCUUCCUGGGGUUGCAGCUUUGAUCAAGAAAUGGCCCUAAGUCUAAAUGGUUGAUAGCUUUAAUGUAGCAAAGCGUAAAGCUGAAUUAUCAUUUUCUAUCCAGUUAUCCAUUACGCGGCAAUACAGUCUCGGCCAUUCUGGUCACUUGACCAUACAACGGCGAGUUAGCUUUUAUGCCUACGGUAACCUAUACCGUAAUGAAUAUAGGGACUUUCGUGAGAUUAUAACGGGAGAGCGAACCCUUAGCGUAUAGGCAUUACGGGUCCUGACGUUGGUAUUAAGACACGGUACAAUGUACGCUCUUUGAACGUUGUCUUUCUCUCUCAGCUGUCAGUCACACUACUUGUAUUUCUCGGUGGAUCCCAUAAGCAUUUACCUCCAUUCGUUCUGACAAUUCAUUUCUUGUUUUUUUGUAAUUUAUUGAUGAUUUUAAAGUCUUUUUGAAAUAGGUGUUAGAGAGGAGUCACUCCACUUAAAGUCAUGCUACAAGUUAGACGGUCAUUUGAAGUUUAGAUACAAAAAUGCAGAAUAUAUCGGUUACGGUCCACUGACAGUUGUAUAUAACAUAAAUAGCACUUAAGAAAUAGUAUCAUGAUAUAAAAGGAGUUCCCAGAGUUCCCUCGGAAACUUAUAAAAUCAUGAUGUGUGGACGCAUGGCACCAUGGAAAUGAAUCGGAAAACUAUCCCUUAAAACCGAAAUCACUCACAACGAAUUAGAGAUAACUGUCAGUGAGAAUCGAAGAGGACAUGCUAAGCACAAUGAGAUAUGCCAUAAAAAAAGAUGAAAUGAAACGACUUCAUUUUGCAGUUGAAGCGUGGAAAUGUAAUGGCACAUUUGGAAAAUAGAUUUGUUUGUAGGUCCUUUUGUCUCAACAUGUUGCCUAAUCAUAUAGCCUGGCCGCGAAGUCACCAAAGCAGGGAUGAAUUUAGUUAGAAACUCGCAUUUGUAGUCACGGAAUUAUCUGAACUAACUCAAAAUAGACAAUAGCGAUUGCUACAUUCGUUUUGCCAAUUUGUGACGAUGGCCUUUAACCAGUUCUGUGACGAUGGUACAGAAGCUAUGUGAUUCGAGGAAAAAGCCGCAAUAACUGCUAGGUAAUGUUAGAAAUUUGCACCUGUUUUCAAACUGCAAUAAAGAAAAGGUACCAAAUGCAAUAAUUUUGUAACUUCUAUGCUGCUACGGAUACGAGGAUUUGGACCACAAACGGAGUUAGAAGCCGAAUUCUUCUUAUCCUAGGAAGUGGGAUCAGCUCCUCGAAACUUUUCUAGGAUUAUUCCUAAAAUAUAUCAAAUGAAAUGAGAUGAAGCUAUAAAACAUGAAGGUAGCGUGAAUUUCAAACAAGGCAUGUUCUUUGGGAGAGGGUUUGGGCGAUGGCAUAGUUUCCUUAUUGGUGCAGUGAUAAUCGCAGGAACUUGGCAAGCGAUAGGGGCUAUUGGCCUGGCAACAACCCACAUUGCUGGUUUCUCAAAGUAGUAUCUGUGUUUGAUGCUUUUCUGCUGCAAAGCUAAAUCGCCUUGAUUGCCUUGAGGAUGAUUUACAUUGCUGCUGUUGAUACAUAAUGCCAUUUUCAUUACAUAGUGUUUUCAUUCAAUGCCGCUUUGUUUUAGUGGUUCUUCUUUGCAAUUCAGCUUUUGAAAACAUUGGUUAGGAACAGUUGUAAGCAACUCGGAUGGCUUUCAUGUUCGCUAUCAUGCUUAUACACGACAUUGCCAUGGAACAAAAUGCCAAAGGGACCCAUUGCAGAACCAAAGCAAGCGAACCAAGUGGAAAUGUCUGUAGGUAGCAACAGAAGCUUUGUCAUUGGAUACAUUCUGUUUUCUCUGAGGGGAUCCUGAGGGUUCUGUCAAAACGAAAUGCCUGAUUUUCUUGUACUUUUAGCUAUUGCUAAUUUCAAGAGUACAUUUUAGAUUUUCUUUGUGUUACAUUUCGUUUCCAUCAUUUGAAACAUCAAAAAACAAGAACAAAAAUCGCAAAAAUUUGAGAUGCAAAAUUUUCCUAAGAAAAUAUUUUCUCUGUAAAAAAGCUUUUGUUGCAUCCGAAACUAAUUUGCUUCAGUUGCGUUUACUUGUGGAAUAGGUUUCCGUUUUUCAUUCUCUCGAUCUUUGAUUAUUAAUGCUACAUGCUUCUUUCAAUAGUUGUUUAAGAGGCCCACGAGCGUUUAUGUUCUAGCAGGUUAGUCAUCCCCCGUAUUUUCAUGUACAGAAUUUGCGCAUUGACGUCAAUAAGUACUGCGCAUGCACAUCGAAGGACGAGGGAUCUUUUACUUGUUCUUAUCCCCAAAAAGCAGGCUUAAACCUCCAUUCUUCUUAUAACGUUUAACAAAUAAACGUUCGUUUCCAUACCCUUUCACGGUGUUCAAAAAGUAGACAUUUCUUUCCAUACCUUUUCACGAUGUUCAAAAAGUUGGCACUCGUCUCCAUGCCCUUUCAAGAUGUUCAAAGAGCAGGCAUUCUUCUCCAUGCCUUUUUACGAUGUUCAAAGAGCAGGCAUUCUUCUCCAUGCCUUUUUACGAUGUUCAAAGAGCAGGCACUCGUCUCCAUGCCCUUUCACGAUGUUCAAAGAGCAGGCAUUCUUCUCCAUGCCCUUUCAAGAUGUUCAAAGAGCAGGCAUUCUUCUCCAUGCCCUUUCAAGAUGUUCAAAGAGCAGGCAUUCUUCUCCAUGCCCUUUCACGAUGUUCAAUCUCGGUAUACUUUGAAGUUAAACCAAGAUCAAGUUUAGGAAAUGUGAAAUGCUCUGUGGUUGGUCAAAUAAUUCGAAUUAUUUCCUUUUGUUUAAUAAGAAAGUUUUGAGAAUUUCGAGGUUGCAAAAAGGUGUAAACAAAUUCAAGUAAAACAGAGAAAUGUCGGCAGACGCAGUCGAGUAAUGUAUUUUUUGAAAGAAAUAUUUGGGUUGCUUUUGUAAAGGGUUAGAACAGUUGCUGUUUCCGUUUUAAUGAUUCGUCUUGUUUCCUGAGCAUUCCCUCCAAUGUCAAGCUAACCUUUCAAAGGUGAAGGGCCUGAAUACAUGCUUAAUAGAUCUUAAAGAUAAGCAGCUUAAUAUCUUCGGAGAGCAGUACCAGAAAGUAAUCAUGAAAACGUAACUCUGCAACAAUGAAGACACCGAACUCAAUAUUGUGGCUAACCGUAUUAAAGAUCCUGGUACAUCUCACACAAGGACAAAAGUGUGCUUUUGAAUACCCAUGGACGUACAAGGGUUCAAAGAUUUGUUUUGUGGUGACAAAUUUUGUUGGAAGUUGGAGUGCAGCAAAUAACCACUGCAAGUCAUUGCACUCAAGCAUGAGGCUACCGGUUGUUAAAGAUAUUGAAACAGCACAACUCAUUACGCAUGCGUUGAUUGCAUCGGGCAAGGGCCAAUACAAAAUAUGGCUAGCAGCUUUUAGAAGCGGGUCUCCUUACAAAUGGGUCGAUGGAACCCCACUGUUUACAAAUGAUACGAAGUGGCAUGCGGGAGAACCAAGUAAUAAUUUGUACUGCGUGCUGAUGUGGCCCAAAACAAAGACUGUUAACGGAGAGACUUUUCGAACUUUUGACGACGAGCAAUGUGGGAGGAGUGCCUUGGCUGUAUGUAGCACUAAAAUUGUGGCCAGCUCAGUCUCCUCUUCUGUGGAGGUAAUGUUUGCGAAAUCGCCUUCUCUUGGACCGUAUAAAAACGAAUAUACGCAGAACACAGCUGCUGGCGCAAACCCCGUCUUGGAAUUAGAGAAAGUUGGAUUAAAGGCAGCAAGAGACCUGCUUAACUCAAACCAAACCGAUAUUACUGAAACUGUACAGACCGAUGUUAUGAAAAUGCAGAUUCGAAAGUUCACAGUAUCCGUGUUCCAAGGCCAGGUCUUCACUUCAAUUGGGAACAAAGCUUCGCUGAAUCUGCCGCAAAGUGCUCUCAGUGUUGCAAACACAUCAUCUGACUUUGCAGCGACCAUUGGUAUUGCGUAUAGCAGCAUAGAAGAUGCUAACAAUAUGAACAAGAAAGUCACGCUUGGAAACUCAUCAACAACGUGGAUGCUUGACUCUGAUGUUAUGACGUUCUCUGUUCUCUAUGAAGAUCUUAACUUCACCCAGCCUGUUGUGAUGUCAUUCCAAAGCAAACGCGAGGAGCAGCAGCGAGAAGAAAACGAUUGUGUGUUUUGGAAUGUGACGCUGAAUACUUGGUCAAAAGAAGGUUGUUUCAAAGUAGCAAGCAACAUCAACGAGACGACUUGCCAUUGCUACCACCUUACUACAUUUGCCUCCUUAAUGCAGGUUAUCCCCGACGAAAAGAAACCAAUCAGCCAGAGUGAGCUGUUUACUAUCAACGUCAUAACAUAUGUAUGUUUCGCAUUGUCAUACGUUGGCAUUUUCAUCACUAUUUCUUCCUUCUUAUUAUCCAGAACUUUGACUAGGCCGAACAACUUCGUACACUUCAAUCUUUGCCUUGCAAUUUUAUUUGCACAAACUGCAUUUCUUUCUGCAAUCAAAUCUACUCAAAACAAGGCCGUUUGCAAGUUUGUUGCCGUUUUGCUGCACUAUCUCUACUUAGCUGUUGGUUGCUGGAUGUUUGUGGAGGGCUUCUUCAUUCUCCGUAUGACCAAGAGGGUUUUUAACACCAGCCGGAACCUCCUUUUGUAUUGUUGUAUUGGAUGGGGAAUUCCUGCAUUCAUUGUUGGGUGCAUUUUUGCAGCACUUAACGAGCAUUAUGGGUACGAGGAAGCAUGUUGGCUGACAAGAGAAAGUGGUGUCAUUUGGGCUUUUGCUGGACCAAUGAUUUUAAUAGUCACUUUCAAUGUCAUCGUCCUCGUGGUGGCAGUCAAAGCCACUUUAAACAUAAGAAUGAAUAGAUCGAAGUCGGAUAGAGAGAAAAUUGGGGUUGGCAUCAAAGCAGUCGCCAUUUUGCUGCCUUUGCUUGGGUUGACGUGGGUUUUUGGUUUGCUUGCCAUAGGUACUGCCGCCACGGCAAUGCAAGUAUUGUUCGCGAUAUCUAACGGCCUGCAGGGCUUCUUCAUUUUCAUUUUCCACUGUGCAAGAAAUCCAGAGUUUAAAAAUAGGAGUUUUUUCACACGGAACACAGUCAGCAGUGGGUCUGGAAAGAAUAGAGUAGCAGCAUCCAGGUCGACAACCAGAGCUGCAAGCGAUAAAAAGGGCAUUUCAUCCUGAACUGAGGAAACUUGAUCCAAUCGUUCGUGACAUAUUAAUUAAUUUACUGUUUUAUGUUUGACAUACGAAACAUUGAUAUACGAUUCAAAUAAUUCAAAUAAUUCAUAACCUAGCAUAAUUGAAUAUAAUCAGAAUAUUUCAUUUAACAUUCAUUAUUUUUAUUUUUCUGAAACGAAGUAAGAUAUUUCUUUGUAUUGUGAGGCUUUGUAAUUAACCAGGAACUCCGAUGUAGUCAGGUUGGCUCAUGCGUUUUUUCAAAGUUCCUAAAAAUGAUUUUGGCAUUAAAGCUACUUUAAUGCAAAUGGUUUUUGAGGACAUAAUUUCUUUCAAUGGCAAUUCCUUAUUUGCGAAAAUUUGAUAUUUUCCGUUUGUCACCUAACAAUAAACAGAUGCAAUUUUUGUUCAGAAGCUUUCCAUCAAAUGCUAUAAAAUGGCAAAAGCAUUUUCUUUAACACUGCUUAUCAUAUCAUAAAAUGACCAUGUGUAAGUAAAAAUCGUUAGUUUAAAGUGUUGGCCGAAAUCUCCGCAAUUGAGUUGGUAUUUUACUCAACCAAGGCUAUUCAAGACGCUUGCAUAUCCAUUAAAAUGCCAAGGGUUGUUUGCAUUGAUUCUGCGUAUAUUUCUGAAAUUUAAUUUAUAAUUAUUCAUAAAUUCAAUUGCAGUCUUCUUCUUUCAAGUGUCUUGCCCCUCCAGGAUGUUGGUAAUCAAGGUUUUUCAUCGCUCUCUAUCUCUUGACAGUAUCAAUAUUGCUCUUCUGCCAGUAUUGUGGUCUAUGCUCUUCUACUAGAUACUUCUAGUCUCGUUAUGUACUUCUGCCUUUGUCUCCCUCUACUUCUUCCACCCUCUAUUUUUCCUUUUAGCAUUAAAUUUUUCGUUCCUUCAGAUCUAAUCGAAUGUCCCAUCUGUCGUUUCCUAAUAACUUUUAACAGGCUUCUUUCUACGUCUGCUCUACUUAAAACUUCUACAUCACUAACCCUGUUUGAAGAACCACAUCUCCAUACAUGAAGAACAACAUUUUCAUUGAUUUUAUACCUUCUUUCAUGCUUUCACUAAUUGUAGUAUCAAAGCUUGAAGCAAGUUGGUUUGUGUGUUGUUGCCUUAAGUAAAGUAAUUAAUUUUACUUCUUUUUUAAAAGCUGCAUUAUCAAAAUCCUAAAUAGUUAGUACUCGGCACAAAGCCUGACCUUGAACGCCAGGUUUUACAACUUCAUUUGUUGUUGUAGAUCCAUUUUCUUUACCAGCAGUUUGUCUUCCCUCAUAGAUUUUGUAAUUAUCAACAUUCAAUGUAUUGUAUAUUCAGUAACAGCAAGAUAGAAAAGAACUUAAUUCUUUAUUUUAUCUUGGUAACAGCUGUAACAUUUUUAAUAUCCGGUUGUGAUGCCCAUAUUCAAUUUGAUUUUUCAAAUAACCUCGAUCGUAUAUAAACACGAUAGCGUGAUUUUUUCAAUAUUUCUUAUUUGAAUAAUGUUUGACUCAGCCACUCUGAUUGUUUUUGAAACGUUAACCGAAUUAUACUUCUCUAGUAGUAGAAUUCAGCAGGCAUUUGAAACUUUUAACAACCAAAUCAACUUUUAAUCUGAAUAGGUUUUGAAAUUACGUCUUCAUUUUAAGAUUGCUUGCAAUAAAGAAAACUAUAUAUUGCCGGAUUCAACAUUAGCUUGGAGAGCUGCCCUUUUCUGCACACUGAAGGACUGGAUUUUAUGAUUUGUUUGUAUUCUCAAAACAUCGCAAUGAAAUUUGAAUGGAAGAUAAAAUUAAUCAUUCUCACAUAAUUUACAAUGACUGGGUCAUCGUUUUUUUCUGAAUAAGUUACGUGUAGGCCUUUUUGCACUUUUACGGCAUCAUGCUAGUAGCCAUCGAUCGAGCCAUUACUUUUGGGAUCAGUUUCAUCAUAGCCUAGGAUGAAAGGGGUUGGCCCUCCAUUUGUGAAAUCUGUCUGAUUUUUCGUAAAGCUCAAAUGAAAAUUUUUGAAAUUAUAUUAUUGCAUCAACUGCUUUUUUCAAACUAUUGCAAUAACAUUUCGGAAAGAUAGUCUUUUUUAUUAUUAUCCUAAAGUUACGGGCAAAUUGUACAUAACAUAAGCCUUAUUGAUAUUGGAGAGACAUCGUCAUCAUCAAUUUAUUAACCGUUGGUACUUACAUAGGUCCUAAAAAGCUAAAUUACACCAACAACUUACAAUAAACCUAACUAAACAUAUAUUAAUUACUAAUAAAAGGAAUGCGAAAGUCUAUUUACAAAAUGUACAG